AUUAGCGGAUGGUGUAUUGCAAUAAAAUAACUAACUAAUAUAUUUAUGGAUAAACUACGGAUUAAUUCUCCAUUGCUACGAAUACGAGGUUUGGAACGCAAACACUUUGGAGUCGGAAGCGGAAAAGUACUUGCUCCUCCCCAAGUAGUUGUCAGCGCCUGAUGUGCUAAAGGAGAGCUCCAUCCCUAUCCUGGGGAACAUGGAGUCUGAACUAGGAGAGGAAGAUGUAGCCUGGGAUGCUUGCUAGCCAAUCUAGUGGAUAAAUUGGUAGCAUGGCAGAUGAUCUAAAUAGAUCUCAGAGUCGUUUGGUUCCCUAGAUAUGUACAAGGAGGUGGAGGCAAAACCAGACCAGAUAGAUGACAAGGAGUUUAACAUUCGCGAAGCGGACACACCACCUACACUUGAGAGCAUCUUGAAUGAGAGAGUAAUAGGAGUGCAAACCUGUGACUUUCGUUGCCUUUUCAGUGGAUACAAGGGAGAAGUUUGCUGUAUUGAACCCCUGCACACCAAGACUGAGCUAUGUGAUCACCCUAUAACCAACUACUCAUCGCUGGCCAUGUCAUCUCUAACCGAGAUUCUCGUGAUUGGUUUGAAGCUCUCACUAAAAGUUUGGAUGACCUUUGCCUAUGGACGGAUAGAUCCUUCCAACGUCCCACUGCUGACUUUAUGUUAUCCUGCAAGGAGCCCUAAACCCCAUGCUGGCAUUUGCAGGGGGGAUGUUGUACAUUUUCUCUUGGUGAAAAGGGAUCUGGAGCAAUUCAUAUCAUUAAACCGAAACAGCUUCCUUUGCACUAUGACUUUAUUAACUUUACUGCAAGUAAAAAGUGAUUGCCUUGGAUUACAUCUGUCACUUUUAUUGUAUGGGUAGAUUCAGUCUGAGCUGGUCUAUCUCUUUAUUGCUGCAGUGGAUUAAUGCUCGCACGGUGACUCUUCUCGACAGCGCUGAGAAGCCACAUGUGAUUAAUCAUCAGACACAGGAGGAACUUAAGACCAUGGAGAUAUCAGAUGUGCAACUUGUAUAAUACAACAGCAGCCACUUUAAGUCUCUGGGGGAAAUGUGAAUCAGGCCCUGGUGAGCUGAUCUAAGGGACUGUAUAGUUUUUUUUAAAAUGAAUAUCUAACCAAUUGUUUUUUUGUCUUUUUUUAUAAUGAAAAGAAGUGUAAUACUAAACAAGAUUACACGUUAAUUAUAAUUGUCAGUGUUUUAAAGUAAGUUGUAAAUGAAAUUGCAUUUGAAGAUUGCUCUUCCCUUUCCAGUAUGACAAACUAAGAAGCAACAUAUGUGUCUAUAAUCUCCCUGUACAGUACAGAGGUUAGCUGUAACCUAAAUUUUUCAUUCAUGCCAGAGGUAUUUUUUGCUAUUCACUAACCCUAAUGAAUUCAGUGAACUGGCUCAAUGUCACUUCAUCGUCUGUGCAUAUUUUGAGAUCUUAAAGGGGUGUAGAAUGUAAUCGUUUGUGCAAAACAGCAAGUUGAUACUUAUUGUUUUGCUCCAACAUAAGUGAGGUGUAUGAGCAGAUUACAUAUAUAUAUUCAUAUCACAAUACAAUAUAUGUAUAGACACAUUUUGGGGCUGAUUUAAUAAUAUAGGUGCUAUGUUGUACCUGCACAGCUAACUAUGGCAACCAAUUAGAUCUUUGCUUCAGUUUCUAACUUCCAGUAGACUGGUAAAUGCUUAUUGUUUUCUGUUGGUGCAGUACAUCUGUGAAAUUUAUCACAAAUUACCCAUGUUAAUUAAUUUGCCCUAUUGCCCUGGUUUAGGAUAUUGUACCCUAGUCUUGCUUAUGCUUAGAUUAAUUAGUCACCUACACCCCAACAUUAGUUAAUAAUGACAUUGUAGGCAGUGUUUUGAGGUAUUUUGUGUCAAUUAUUGCUAGUGGGGCACCUAGUGAGAGGUAUUUUGUUUCAAUUAUUGCUAGUUGGGCACCUAGUGAGAAUAUUGCCCUUUGUAUACUCCUUACUAAAAAAUUAUUAUCAGAAUACCAAACCCCAUUGCAGCUUCCAAUCAUGUGUCAAUACCAGUACUGGUGGAUUCUUACAUGAAGACAUAUUCAUAUCUGCCUUAAAGUAAAAAUUCUGUGAUA